CUCAAUCCUAAAGCAGCCCAAGACACUUCGUCUGAGACUAGAAGCAGCUCCAGCAGCUCCUCUCUCUGAUUCUGCUCUACUCUCAUCACUUCUUCUACGUGGUGGCUGUUUUGUCACAUUCAGAUUUGCCUUGGCAAACUCUCUCUCUCUUGCUCUCUCUCUCGUCUUUUCCUCUUCACUCAUUUUGUCAGCAUGCAGCUUUUGGCCAGCUUAGUGUCUCUGCUGCUGGUGCUGUACAGUGUGAGGGCAGCGGCCGUGCUUCCAGUAGAGGAGAGGAGCCCCACGCACACAAGGGAGCUGAGCAAAGAGCGUAAGGAACUGAUUCUGAAGCUAAUCACGGGUCUGCUGGAUGGAGUAGACAGCAGCGUGCUGGCUGGGGAUCUGGUGAACAUGGAGGUGGAGGAGCCGCUGGAGUCGCGGCUGGAGGAGCGAGCCGUCUACAACCGGUUAUCACAGCUGCCCCAGAGAGACCGUAAAGCCCCCUGUAAAAACUUCUUCUGGAAAACCUUCACGUCCUGCUAACAGUGCCAGCCUCCUGAUGGGUUCCUCCAUCUGAAUGCACACCGCCACCACCUCCUCUCCAAACCCCCCCUCCAACAUGAACUGUGCCCACCUUCACUGUAUAUACCAUCAUACUGCUGUUGAAAGAAUGGUCACCGUGGACUUUAUUGAUGCAGCCAGUUUGUGAAAGAUGCUACUGACUAUAUUUAUUUAUUGACUGACUUAUAUAUGAUUUAUUUAUUUGUUUCUCAACAUCUCAAACCAAUAAAGCAUAGUAAAGUGAUUUGCUUUUUGAUAAGGGAUGUCUCAUUCUCUGUGGUCAACCCCCCAAAAAAAAAGCAUUAAACUGUUUUAUCCCAAUGGAUAAAUAAACAUAUAACCGAUGAAA